AGUGGUAUACUUAUAAAACAGAUAGAAGAAGGGCAUAUUUGUCAGCCAAAAAUGUUCCAUGUAAUACCAUCUGUAAAUGACAACCCCCCACGCCCCCCACCCCAACACCUAUUAACUUUAUUGCUUUGAUAACCAAUGUAUAAGGAUAUGGCAUUUUAAAGGGCAGCUAUAUACAUAAAAACAAUUAGCGAUAAUGCAAUUAAUGAUUAAAAAGAAUGCAUACAAACCAUAUAUUCUGGACAAAUUGUUCUAGUGCACAUUAUGACAAAAUUGCACCAUUAAUUUAUUCACCGUAAAAAUUGUGUAUAAAGGAGAUUGUUUUUCAUUAGGGUCGAUAAAGGAAUCACAGCAUACAGGAUGUGACAAAUUAGAUUUGGACGAGCUGUCCCACCUUUAUAGACUAAUAUACAUAUAUUACACUUGAGUGACUCACCUUAACCAUCACAGGAUGCUGUAACAGUCUGUUUUUGGUUAUUAAAAGUAAAGGGAUCAGUGUAUGUUAUGUUUGAAAGCGAAUAUGGCUUUUAAUUAGAUCAAAUGAAUACAAUACAACAUUCAGUGUAAAUAAAACAUUUAUUAGGUCCAUUAUUAAUUACUACUAAUAACAAGACAAACAUUUCUGUCUGAAUAUGUGUGUACACAUGAGAGUAUUUCUGUGGCUAGCAGCUGGAUCCACAUAAUAAAUGUACUGAGGGCAAACAAGCACAAUAUAUCCACGACAGGUGGGUGAGAAAAAUAGAACAGACAGUCAAUGCAGUGUCACCAUGGCAACCCAGCACUUAUUAAUCAGGUCAAAUAUCAGUAAGAACAUACCGAUAUGGUGACAUCACCUGUGGAAUGGCAGAGGGAUGGCGGGUCAGUAAAUGAAAGGACAUUCCCCCCAAGCCAUUAUAUACUCAACCUUAUGCCAUUCCAGUUUAUUUCUGUGAUAGCUUCGAUCCUUCGGAGAUCCUUCUAAUAUUCAGAUUUAGGUAAAGAAAAAGCGUUACAAUUGUACUGUUUUCGCUACAUUUUCACUACAGCCAACAUCUAUGAAACCAUUAAAAUUCCGGUAGUGUAUUAAAGAAUAUACAUCCCAGAAAAAAACUACAACGACAAAACAUCAUGCAGGCUACAUGAUAAAUAACCUAUUUUAAUAUAUAUGCAUUUUGACUUUCAUUGAGAAGUGUCUGUGUGUGACACUCUAAACUGUCAUGGCCAGCUCACCCCCUGCUCAUGUAGAGCACUUCACCGUCCCGCAUUACCCCGGCAACCCACUAAAAUAAGGACCUGACAAAGAGGGAGGGAAAGAGCAGGAUGGAAGGGGAAAAACCAAAAAAAGCUGUUGUUUUUCACACAGUGACUUGACGAGAACGAUUUAACAACCACAAGGAUGUAAAAUUCUACACACAUUCCAUUUCUCUUGGUCAGUUUUGCAUGUUUUGGAGUAGAGGAAUGCUGUAGGCCGUGUGCAUUUUGCAUGGUGUUGGCUUGAGCGUGUGUAUCAGGAUGGCUGCGUUCUCUCUCUUACCUUUUGGCCCAUAGAAGAGAGAGAGAGAGCUUCGGUCCCGAAUGACUCCCAUCCAAAACCAUGGGCAUUGUGGUGUCCAGAGCUGAUAAAUGUCGUCUGGUUCGCUCCACUGGCUCAAGGGGCUCUCUGCAGGUUCAGAACAGCGCUCCCUGUAGGGAGAUGAACGGAACAGUCAAACUCUCUCAAAUUAACGUCAUUGAAUCUUCUCAGAACAACACCGAAGAGCUUCUGAUUCCUGCACUUCCCGAAAAGGCAAAUAUAGAAAGAGGUUAUGUCACCCCACAGCAGGUAUACAACCUCCUGAAUGCCGAAGCGGGCCAGCCUUCGCUGCACGACCCCUAUUAUAUACUGAUACUGGACUGCCGCUCUGCAGAGAGAUAUAAGCAGAGUCACCUGGUCACAGCCCGUGCCAGUGUGACAGUGAUGCAUCCAGAACUGGGCUGUCUGAUAAGCUGUGUUCAGCUGCAGGAAUUUUCUAUAAUCCUGCUAUAUGCUGAAGAAGGCCAAAGUCCAGUUGGCAGUCAGGAGGCACGCGCUGACUCUCCUACUCUCCAGCACUGUUUCUUCCAGCUGAGCGCUUUGGGAAUGGACCCUGUAAUCCUCCAGGGGGGCUAUUCUGCUUUUCACUCUCUCUAUCCCUUUCUGUGCACCCCUCGCAUGGUACUGCUGGAGUCAGAGCGUCGCUCCCUCACCAUCUAUCCCUCUGAAAUCCUGGAGGGGGCGCUGUACCAGGGCUCCGCCUCCCAGGCGCACGACUACCGUAUCAUCAAAAACCUCCACAUCACACAUGUGGUCAAUGCCACAGCUGAAAUUUCAGAUGCCUUCCCGAGUGUUUUACGUUAUCUUCGGCUCCGGCUUAGUGACGACGCGCAGCAGGAUCUUCGGCGGGCCCUUCCAGAAGCUUCUCAGUUCAUUGCUGAGGCUUUACGGGGGGCACCGGGGUCACCGGGCGGCCGGGUGUUGGUGCACUGCAGCCUUGGAAGGAGUCGUAGCUCGGUGCUGACGUUGGGAUUCCUGAUGGAGCAUCGUCGUUGGUCUUUGCUACAUGCUUUUCGGUGGCUGAAGGAAAGACGAGCUUGCGCUGCCCCGAACGCCGGGUUUCUUCGGCAGCUCUCUGACUACGAGGAACUGCUGUUCGGUCAACGGCUCACCUCAUUGGAUGACAUCCGUCUCUGAGAAAUACUAAAGGGGGAGGAUUUUUUUUUUAUUUCUAAUGUUUUUUAUCUUUGCUUUUUCUUUUUCUUUUAGGAUGUGAUGGCCUGAGGGAUUAAAGGUGUAAAAAAAUAUUUCGUGUCUAGGUUCAAUUUUGUUUGUAAUUAUAUAAAUGUUUUGUUUUUUUGAUUCUUCCAAUAUAGGACUAAGAUCUGUUGACCAAAAAAGGCAAUAAAGUCGGUAAAAUAACAAGUUUGAAUCACUGGAGUAAAUACAAACAGCACAGAACAUACACAGCUGCAGACUGCAGCGUUUGAACUUUUUUCGCCCUUAAUGAUUUACGUUGAGGACUGAGAAAAAAAGAAGUUUGGAAUCAGACUUAUAAGAAUGUGCCAAAUUUAUUUUAGUAGUAAAGUCAGAAGUUUGGCUAGCAUUGCAAUGGCAAAAGGCUAAAGUCUCUAAUAAUUGUGUUAAAAGUUUUUAUUUUUGUUUUGUUCAAAUUAUACUAAAUAUUUUCUGUAAAUAAUUUUUUAAUGCUCAAAAUCUUUACUUCAGUUUACACAGAGUGCAAUAAACUGUC